AUGCCCAAUUGCAGCACAACACAGGAAGUCCUACCACAGACUCAAGCGAAUGCACGUGUCGCACACCAAAUCUCACACCCACCAAUCACAGCCCUCCCAGCUCGCUCUCCAGUGUUCACUGUCUACCUCUUCCCAGGAGCCUUCACAGCCGUCCGAUCACCAUUAGCAGGGAGCAAGAUGAUCGGAAGGCAGGGAUGGCGGCUGUGGGCCGUUGAUCUGGUGGGGUUGCUGGUGGUGGUGGUGAUGGUGGAGGAGACAGUGGAGCUGAAGCUAAGCCACCAUCUCCAUGGGGUUGUGGAGAGAGUGAAUGAGAGAAAUGGGCCUUUUGUUGGGCUUUUAAUGACUUCUCCCACUGAAGAAAUUGCUCUUCAAGUCUCUGGUUUCUUUGUUCCUAGCUCUGAUUUUCCUCUGGUUCAACUUGCUGGGAGGAGCUUCAACAGUGGAAAGAUUAAGGGUGUAGAUGUAAUUUAUGUGAUGUCCGGGGAGCAAACGCUAAAUGCAGGUAUAAUCGUGCAACUUCUUAUUGACACAUUCGAUGUUGUGGGAGUCGUUCAUUAUGGGAUUGCUGGAAGCACUAAUGAUUCCUUGCUCAUUGGUGACGUUAGUGUCCCCAAAUAUGUUGCCCAAACAAGUUCUUGGAAAGAAUUCAAAUCAAAGAAAGGAGCAUUACCCGAAUUGAAAUUUGUGGACUACAACUUACCAACCAAGGGAGAAAACCUUUUGGCAGAAAUAGAGUUUACGCAGGUGAAGUUAUACUCCACCGGACGGCCAAUGCAAGAGCUCUUCUGGCUUGAAACAGAUCCAAAAUGGUUCAACCUGGCCACUCAACUUCAGUGCUUAAACGAGACAUAUUGCCUACCAGAAAAACCAAAAGUUGCAUACGGAUUGAGGGGUUCUUCUGCAGAUAUAUUCGUCGAUAAUGCAGCAUACAAUGAAUUCCUUUUCAAGACCUUAAACACCUUGACUGUGGAUGAGGAGAGUGCUGCUGUUAUAAUGGCAUCGAUGUCCAAUGGAAUGCUAUCAUCUUCCAUCUUUUCUUUGGCAGCUACAAAUGCAGUUAGGGUUGCAGUUGAGUUUAUUGGUUUGCUGGGUAGGGAGGGCAAAGUUCAUGAUCACUGA